UAUGAUCAUAAUAAGCGCUAAAAAAUGCAUUUAUAGAAAAACUCAUUUUCAGUCAUCAGAAAAACCUUAAAAAUUCAAAAACUUAUUUUCAGUACCAGAAAAACCUUGAAAACUCUUUCCAUGUAAUGAGAUAUUUUAAUUUAAUCGUUAGUUUUGCCGAUUAGUUUGUCCUUUUGUUUAUAAAAUUGUUUAUAAACAAAAAUGGCUUCGCUGAGAAGGGAGCAUGUGAAAUUUCCAUCACCACAAGAAGUAGAAAUUUCUCGACACCUACUUAAACCAGCAGGAAUAAUGUCAAAUAACUACAACAAGUGGGGUCUAAAAAAAAUUGAAGAAAGAAAGUAUGUUAGCUCAAAAGAUUAUGGAAAUAAUUUAACGUGGGAACUUUCAGAAGAAGAAAAAUCAUUACUUAAAGAUAAAUCAUGUUUUUCAAAGGUUGAUAAAAGACCUGAAAAAUUACAGAUUUCAUCAAAAAAAUCUUUAUAUGACAUUAUUAAUCAUAUUGAGUAUGGAUAUGAUCCAAAGUUGCAUCGUGACGACAGAACUAUGUGCCAUUUAAGUAUUAAUGAGGAGGAAAUGAAUAGUAAGGUACCUGCAACAACUAAUGGUGUUUACGGCAAUAAAAAUCGAUAUUUAUUAGAACAAGGUUCACAGUAUGGUCAUCGUGAAACAUGUCGUAAAGAAUUUAGUGAGAAAUCUUUUCUAUUUUCUUCUUAGAAAGUUUAUUGAAAAGUUUUCAUUUUUGAAGAAGUACUAAUCUAAGAAUGUGA